UAGAUAUGGAAUCGGCGGAGCGGAACAGCCGAGGGCGAUCGGCUGAGUUGGAUGGAAGACGGAUCAACGCUGUUUCACCGAUGCACCUCAGCGAGUCGAAAAUGCUCCAGAGUCUUUGGAAGGAACAUCAGCAGCAGCAAGAGCAGCAACAGAUGCAGCAGGCGUCCUCCACAGCCGGUUCCACGGACAACAGGGCACACGUGAAAGGUGAUGAUGGCGACAGGAAGUUACAAAUGAUGCUGGAGAAAUACCAGAGUCAAGUAAAAUUGCAGCAACAACGAGCUCCAACUUCAUUGCAGACAAAAACUCAAUCCAGAAAUAAUAUUAACAAGAUUGAGAAUCAUGGUGUGGCUUCUGUAUCUGUUGCUCCUUCACCUGGUCGGUCACACCCCAUGAGUCAUUCACAACCGUGUUUGAUAGCAAUUUCUGACAAGCCACCUGAUUAUUCUGCUAGUCAUGUUCACCAAUCUGUGACCCAAUUCUCGAAUCGAAUUUCUUCCGGAUUUACUUCGUGUGAACAACAUGAAGGACAAUCGAGCAGCAAUGGGAUUCAAAGGGUUCCAAACAACCAGAAGUUGAUACAAUCGCUUCGGGAGGAAAACCUGCAUCUGAAGAGGGAGAUUGAGGCAAGCAAGAAAAAGCUCGUAAAACUCCAGCAGAUGGAAGCUGCUUAUGAACGUAUAGAAAAAGAUUACGAAAAUCUUUUACGAGAGAAGGAGCGACAAGAAGGCGUAGAGAAAUCAGCAUUGGUUCAGAUGGAAAUGCAUCUGAAAAGGGUAAUAUCCGAAAAGGAGGCUCUCCAAGAUCGGCUUGAACAGUUUUCGCUACCAAAUGCUCAAGCAAUGGAGAAAGUCAAUCAACUAAAUAUGGUUCUGGCAGAGAUCAUACCACAGAACAAAGAGUUGGCGGCGGUCAAGGAGCGGCAGCGUCUCGAGUUGGAGGCGCAGAACGCUACCCUGGAGGAGCAGCGCACACACAUUUCUAUGCUCGAGAAAGCUCUGAGUAAUGCUCAGGAACGGCUGGCAAAGCGCGAAAAGGUUUGCGACGAACUAACCUUGGCUGCCGAACGCGCAAACCAUCUACAACGUCUUCUGCACGAAACGCUGCUAGAUAAGCAAGCGCGCGAUGAGACGCAUGCCCAGGAACGAACUCAGUGGGAAAUGGAUAUGACACAGUUGAAGAUGCAACUCAAUAAAGAUUUCUCUCAAAACGGAAGUCUCAAGAGAAUCAGUCGAUUGACCGGCGAUGCUGGAGAUGAAACGAUUAAUAGGCUUAAGAAGACCAUGUACGCUAAGGAUGAACGCAUCACUCAGCUUGAGCGAACAGUUGUAGAGCUGCAAAGGAGGCUCCAUGAGGAAACCGAACGAAAAAAUUGUGCCCUUGGUGCUUUCAACGAUAAUUUUGAGGCAAAGAUGAAACAAUUUGAAGAAGAGAAAGCUAAGGACCGACGAAUCACCCUGCUCGGCGAAGAUCGCGGGAAACUGGGUGAGAUUCUCGAUGUCGCCAAUAAAGAUCGUGAUGAUGAUGCCGCACUCGGAAUGCACAAAAUGGAAGAAAUUCGACAGAAGAUACAAGAAAGAAAAAGAAAAGGCCGAAUAUGUGCUACUGGGGGAUUGAUUGGAAUGGGGGUUGAUCAUUCCCGAUCUUCGUCAGGAUCACUCCUCCCAGCGGGGCCUCAUUUGAGAACCUCGUCCGGUCCGUUUGAACAAACCAUCCUGGACUCGGCAGCUCUUCUCUCGGAGAUUUCAAAUCCAUACGCUAACCGACCUUCGGUAUCAACAGGAUACCACAACUUCUUUCAAACUGAGAAACGGGAAGGUACUGACGGUGACAACGUGUGGAAUGUCUAAUGGUGCGUUCAAUAACAAACUGUCAUAUUAAUACUUGUCCAUUGCCUCUCAUGGGUCGCCCUUCGUGGGCUUAUCUGCCAUAAUAUACAUAUUACGAAGAAAAUCUGACCAUAGAGCAUUUAUGAGAGUAAGGUUAUGUUAACUAUUUAUUUCCCAUGUAGCCGUGCCCAGAAUCGCGUUGAAGCGGCACAGAGCUUAGGUGCGAGCACUUCUUGCGGAAGUGUAACGCCUCUCAACGAAUUCAUGUUUUUGCAUUUGCCAAAUGUUACCAGAUAGUUGCCGCUGAUUGUCAUACAUCUACUUAGGAAAACACUUAGAAUAAAGCUCAUUGUUAUUCUUUUGGAAACUUCGCUGUUCUGUGAAGCCAGCGAUUUUUGUACCAUGCUUGUUACCACUUUCUUCUGUGGUUAAGUCAUUGAUUCGUUGUUUUGAAAAUUUCUACGCCUUUUCAUGCAGGAUACUUGGUGAAUAAUCAAUUGCAAAU